AUGUCUACCAAGAUUCACAAAGUUCUAAUGCUUCACGGACAUGGUCAGUCCGCAGACAUAUUCAUACCGAAGACUCGGUAUGUGCGAAGCGUCUUACGCACAUUGUCAAACGAGAUGGAUUUUGAAUAUCAUUAUCUGUCCGGUGUGUUCUCAGCCUACCCGGACGACAGCGAUUCCAAAGACCGAAGAGUGUGGGGUUACGGUGAACCAGAAAAUGAGAAAAUCAAUGGCUUGGAGAGAUCUAUCGAGCACAUCCUUGGUGCCCUUGACCAAGAUGGACCUUUUAUUGGCAUAGUGGGAUUUUCUUCGGGUGCCGCCAUGACUGCAAUCGUUGCAUCAAUACUGGAGAAGAGGAAAACGAAUUCCACGUCUGACUGA